AUGGGCGUUCCAGAUAAUUUGAACAUCCAAGUCGCCGCUAACGAUGCUGGCGGCCGGGAUGCGAUGGCCAUCGGUCAAUCUUCAGGGUCUGAUGGCGGCAUUACGCCCGUGGAGAGCGAGCCAAAGGAUUACAUCGAUCCCAAGGAGGAACGGGCUUUUGUUUGGCGCCUCGACUUGUUCUUUCUCACCAUAGGGUUUCUGGGCUAUAUGUUCAAGUACAUCGACCAAACAAACAUUAGCAAUGCAUACGUGUCUGGAAUGAAAGAGGAUCUCAGCCUGUUUGGCAACGAGUUGAAUUACUUUACCACGUUCUUCAACAUUGGAUACAUGAUCAUGCUUUACCCUUCAUGCAUCAUCAUCUCCCACUUUGGCCCAUCAAAGUGGCUUCCUGCAUGCGAGCUUAUCUGGGGUGUACUUACAUGCUGCUUGUCAGUCGUCACGAGCUCCAAACAGGUUUACGGCCUCCGUUUCCUCAUCGGCCUGUUUGAAGGGACCGCCUGGCCAGGUUACUUCACACUCAUCAGCCAGUGGUACAUGCCCCACGAAGUAGCUCUGCGCAUGAGUCUCUACAACAUCGCCCAGCCCGCGGGCGCCAUGCUGUCCGGUGCGAUGCAGGGCGCGCUGUCUACCAACUUUGAGGGCGUGGCUGGGAGGUCAGGCUGGCGGUGGGCCUUCAUCAUCAAUGGUGCUUGUACCAUCGUUGUGGCUCUCGCAGCCUUCAUCAUCCUUCCUGGCUAUCCCGAACGCCCCAAUCCGCUUUCAAAAUUCUAUAUGACGGACCGUCAUAUUGAGAUAGCAGUCGCGCGCGGCCGCCGGGUUGGACGUAAGCCGCAGAUUGGUAUCACCGUCAAGUCAUUCCUCCGAUGCUUCACAUUCUGGCAGCUGUGGGCUAUUGCGAUUGCAUGGCCUGUCGGAGGCAACUUCACGCCCGCCAGCUACUUCAACCUAUGGCUCAAGUCUCUAAAGAACUCGGACGGAACUGUUAAAUAG